AUGAAUCCAUUCCUGCCGAAAGCCAUAUACAGACGUACUCAAAACGAACAAAACGAAUUGCCCAUGUUCAAAGACAAACCAAAGCAGGACUCCUACUUCAAGUCCCAUCGCACGUCACGCAAGGCGCUCCUCAUACGAACAGUCCUUUCGCUGCUAACGAUCUUCUGUGUCUAUUAUUUGCUCAAGGGAUCCAGUGCUCCUCGCGGCAAGGACGGCUAUCCUGCGUGGCCGCAAGCGCAAAAGGAAGUGAAGUCUGUGUUUGUGGAGUCAUGGCGCUCGUAUGAACAUAACGCUUGGGGCAAAGACAUCUACAAUCCUAUCAGUGGAAAGGGCAAAGACAUCGGAAACAAGCCUUUGGGAUGGAUGAUUGUAGAUCUGUUGGACACUCUCUGGUUGAUGGGUUUGAAGGAUGAAUUCAAGAAGGCUAGGGACUGGGUCAAGUCUGACUUAAAGUACAAUGGAGACAAGGACGUGAGCACAUUCGAGACCACUAUCCGUAUGCUUGGUGGUCUCUUGGCGGCGUUCAAUUUUUCGAAUGAUGAUGUGUUCUUGGAGCGCGCUGCUGAUUUGGCGAACGCCAUGCUAGGAGCGUUUGAAUCUCCCUCGGGUCUACCGUACUCUGAGGUCAACCUCAAGAGUGGACACGGUAGCUCGUACAAUAGCGAGGUCUCCACAGCCGAGGUGGCCACAUUGCAGUUGGAGUUUAAGUACUUGCUGAAGUUGACUGGCGAGGAGUUGUACUGGAAGAGAGUCGAAAAGGUAAUGGCUGUGCUUGAUGCCAACAAGGUCGAAGAUGGUCUUGCGCCUAUCCUCGUGAACGCGGACACCGGAAAGCAUAUGAGAAAUUUGAUUCGUUUGGGUUCUCGUGGUGAUUCUUACUAUGAGUACUUGUUGAAGCAAUACUUGCAGACCAAACACCAGGAGCCUAUCUACUGGCAAAUGUACAAGGAGUCCGUGGAGGGUGUAAAGAAGCACUUGGUGGGCCACUCGAAGCCCAACGGGUUUACAUUCAUUGGUGAGUUGGAGAAUGGAAUUGGUAGUAAAUUGCUGCCUAAGAUGGAUCACCUCGUCUGCUUCUACCCUGGUCUUUUGGCACUAGGCGCUACUGGUGGUCAUCCUUUGAAGAAGGCCCAGAAACUGAAGAACUGGUCCAAGGACAAGGAAGAGGAUUUCAAAUUGGCUGUCGAAUUGACUGAAUCUUGUUACGAGAUGUACAAGACCACUGUCACUGGUCUCGCUGGUGAAAUUGCCAUGUUUAACACCAAAACCGGAGUCGAGAGCGACAUUUGGUACAAGCCUACUGAUGUCCACAACUUGCAAAGGCCGGAAACAAUUGAAUCAAUCUACUAUAUGUACAAACUUACGGGUGACGAGAAGUACAGGAAGUGGGGAUACGAUUUGUUCCGGGCAUUUGUCAAAUACACUAAGUACAAGGGUCCAGACGGAAGAAUUACUUACACAUGCUUGAAGGAUGUGACUACCACCAACCCUUCAAACAACGAUAACAUGGAGUCGUUCUGGCUAGCUGAGACUUUGAAAUACUUUUAUCUCUUAUUCGAUGACGAAAACAUCAUUCCAUUGACUGACUACGUGUUCAACACAGAGGCACACCCUCUUCCACGUUUUGAUAUGGAACCACUUUUCACGACGGGCUGGCAGAGAGACAAGAAUGACGCUAGACUAAAGCAGGUGUUCGCGCCAGCAGUCGGUGCCCCCGAGGCGGAGAUUCCCGUUGAGCCCAAACGGAAAGACGCAGGAAACGUUGGUAAGAAGCCACCCAAAGCUGCUCCUGCCGCCAAGAAGAUAGACGAAGCCGUCAAUGAGGUUAUUGAGGACGAUCCAUCUAUCAAGAAGGCCGAAGAAGUUGAGAAGAAGAAGGUCAAGAAAGUCUUGGACGAGAUCAAGAACGCGGCCGAUUCGUAG